AUGGCCAAAACCUCCGAAAUGAGUUCCAUCAUCUUCGUCAUCUUCUUUUUCUCUCUCUUCCUUCCCGGAAACUCUCACCCUUUCUCCAGAAACUUGUCCAUGGAAUCACUUGGACUCAAACAAGAAAAACUAACCCACCUUCACUUCUACUACCAAGACAUAGUCAGCGAGCCAAACCCCACCGCCGUCCGUGUCGCAGCGGCGGCGAUAACAAACACAUCCGCCACCGGAUUCGGCGCGGUGGUCAUGAUCGACGACGCCUUGACGGAAGGUCCGAACCUAAACUCGAAACUCGUCGGAAGAGCACAGGGAAUCUACGCGCUGGCUGGGUUGAAUGAAUCAGCGUUGUUGAUGGUUUUCAACUGUGAGUUUGUCGAAGGAGUGUACAAUGGGAGUACUCUGAGUAUAUUGGGGAGGAAUUCAGUGUUUUCUCCGGUGAGAGAAAUGUCGGUCGUCGGAGGUAGUGGAGUUUUCCGGUUUGCUCGUGGAUAUGCUCAGGUGAAGACAUUCUCUUUUGAUUUGAAAACUGGGGAUGCUGUUGUGGAAUACAAUGUCUAUGUCUUCCACCAUUGA